UUUGAACACUGCUUGAAGAGAAGCAGAUCCAUUCCAUCAGACUUCAUCCUAGAAAGCAAGCCAGAAAAUGACUCAGUUAUUUUAACUCAGUAUAGGAGCUGGAGGAAGAGAUUUCCGAACUCUGCGCCGGGCUCAGAGCACUACUGUAACUUCCAAGGGAGCGCUGGGAGCAGCGGGAUCAGGUUUUCCGGCUCCCUGGCCUGGGUGGCAGGGAAGAAUGUGUCGGGAUCCACCUCAGGGAUCUUUGACUCUCUUUACUGCCUCGCUGGCCAGCAGCUCCGAGGGGUGGGGUUACAGAGAUUUUGAGUUCUCAGGCUAGACGGUGGCAUUGCACCCCCUGUGGUAAUGAGGUGGCUGAAAGGCUCAGCUUAUCAGUGGGGCAGCGAGAGAGGCGGGUGCUCGCGCCAGAGGGGUUGCCAACAGCCGUUGGGACGCGACACUGGUUCCCAGGGGAGAGCCAGCCGCUGCUGCGGCCCUGGUUCGGACGGCCGGGCCCUAGGGACCCACCAUGGAUCCUGGAGACGCCAAACCUGAGUCGCCCGAGGCACCUUCAGGGAACCUAAAACAACCGGAGACUGCCACAGCCCUGCCAAGUAGCGGCAGCGUAGUGAGUUCUGUACCCAAGGCACAGCGCAACGCCUCAGCGAAGACCGCAUCCCGGAAGCACCCUGCAGUCUCAAUUCGCACUGCGAAGUCCGCAGCCACCGUACGUCCCCAAGGCAGUGAGGGCACCGCACCCUCAAAGAAAGCCACCACACGCCCACCCGCAGAGCCCACACUCCCACCCCCAACGCCCUCUGCACACACUGAAUCCAAACUCUUAAAUGAGACGGCGAUCAAAGAGCGUGCGGAGGGCCGAGCCAAAGUCCCUUACAAAUUCAGGGACAGCCUCAAGCGUUUUUCCUUCUCGCCCACUGGAAUAUUGAAGAUCCUGAGAAUGAGUCUUAUCAUAGGAGCAUUAGCUUGUUUCAUCAUCGCCCAAGCCAAUGAGUCAUUUAUAACAAUCACAAUUCUGGAAAUCUUCAUCGUCCUUUUUUUUAUUCUAAUAUAUAUGCUAACCCUUCACCACUUGCUGACCUAUUUACAUUGGCCCUUACUUAAUGCCGAGUACAGGAAGCGGACAAAGCAAAUAUGAGCAACUUUGAUUGAACAUGUGGAAGACUCUUAGUUAUGGAGAGGUCUCUCAGGGGAAACUCAAAUCUCUGUCCAUGGAAAUUUUCAAGAAGGGAAG